GUGAGGGCAGGAACUCAAGACCCGGAAAUGGCUCCUAAUGUAAACAGACACAUGUAGGUGAGAGAUUUUUGGGGCAGGAGGGAAACGGAAUCGCGGAACAGCCAGUCGUGGUGAGAGGAGAGGCCACGGGGCCCUUGGGAUGGAGGUGAGUACAAGUCAGGCACUUCUCCCACUGGUAAAGACUUGCCUAUCCCAAGCAGCACCAAUGGAUCUCGUUGCUGGAGAUACGGCCAGGACAGACAGAGAGCUGAGGUUUGACCAAUCAGAUGCUGCCUUGAGUAGUGACAGCUUCCACGUUCCCAAAAAUGGCCGCACGCAGGGCCUAAUAACACCCAGUGUUCUUCCAGCGUCCGUCCAUCGCAGCGCUGAUGAAGACUCUCUCUACAGAAAGCGUCAGAGGACGUCAAACACAUCCAUGUGCUGCCCGGUACUUGCUCGGCCUCAAUCGUCGUCUCAGCAAGAGGCUGUAAGAUCUGGUGAAUGUACUGCCGGAGUCACAUUUAGAGGGAAAGACCAAGGAGCACUUUCAAGUCACGCUGCGCAGGGGGAACACUGUUGGGCUACACGCUCGGGGAGCAGGGUCACUGCACUGUACUCAGAACUAGUCAGAGAGCUGGAGACACAAGUAGCAGAGCUGCAUGAAAUAUUGGCGUCUCGAGAUGAGGCCGCUGCUGUGAGAGAGUGGAGGAUCCAGGAGCUGGAAGUGGAGAACCAAGAACUGAAAAGACAAAUCCGGUGUUUAGAAGAACAGAAUGAUGAACUGUCCCACCGGAGUCCGGAUGCUCCAAGUGAUGGGAAUCGACUUGUUGGGCCUGAAAGUCAUAGUGUUGCUGUCAAUGAAAGCAAUAGAUCUUUCCUGAAAAACUUGACUGGUUUUCUGGAGACAAACUCGACCCCACCAAUGUCUGCACCGCUGACGUCCUCCUCUCCCAUUUCAUUAACUGAUCCGAAAUUCACCAGACCGGAGGUUCCCACCUCUCCUGUUAUACCACAUGCAAUAGAGCCAGGACCACCAACGACUACACCAGAGGAGGUUUCCAACUCCCCCAGUGAAGGAAUGCUGAGAGUCAGUGGGGUUACCAGCGGCUUUCAGUAUUGGAUGAAAAUGGAUGAGAGUGGUGAAAACACUCUCCCAGAAUCCUGUGUGCUGUGGGAUGAACCUCUACAAGAGACUCUGCCAGAUGGUAGUCCUGCCUGGGCUUCCCCUGUAGAGGGUAAUGGUCGGCCUAAACUGGAGUUGGUUCCAUCAUCUGGGGUAUAUAUUACCUACCAGCAGCUAGAGGACCUCUCGCAUAUUCCCCCAGACAAGCCUAAACUGAUGACACGGAGACUUCUAGAUUACUUUUUCUCCCGGGAGACGCUCGCUCGAUCAUCAGCGACAGGGCAGCGCAUCGCUCACAAUAACACCACAAUGGAAAAACCACUCCGACUGCCAGAUAAAGUGGUCACUGCCAUCAAAGCGUACGUUACAAGGGCCUGCGGACGUGGUUGUAACUUUAACGCCGUGAUAAACAGCAAGUGUGGGACGUCCCGCCGGGCAGUGAAAAAGAUGUCUAUUCGGAUCGACUGGACGGAAGGAGGAGCUAAACUCUGCCCCCGAGGAGCACCCGGAUUACUUGCUCAAAAAGGCCACAACCAAAUGGAAAAGACACAAGUACCGGCGAUAAGAGGAACUGAUCCACUUCUUCCACAAUCUGUGCCACAAAAUAGCUGAGCAUUGGCAGAACUUUGACUGUUGCUGCUUUAAGCCCAGCCACACAGACUUGCCAAUGAUUGUAGGUCAGGCAGAGUUGGAGGAGGGGGGGAUAUAUUUCACACUGUGGUACAAAUCGAAUAUCUCCCCUUCUCUGCAGCUGCAAUAAAAGGUGCUGGGUCCUCGGCUACCCCUGAGUGUAUAGACAAGCAUGAAUCGUAAUGCCUCCUGUAAAUAUCAAAUAAAAAACUAUUUUAAACGCC